AUGGCACAUGCUCGUAUCUCAGCCAACCUCCCCCCUGAUAUAGAUCCCACAAAAGCUCCUAUUGCAUUUGGAAAGAGGGCACUUCCUAAACUGAAUGAGGAGUUGCAGUCGCCUGAGCUGCUGACUCAGCAGCGGGCAUUGAUGGCGCUCUGUGAUCUGGUCCAUAACCCAGAAAAUGUCUACCAGGCAAUAGAAGUAGGAUUCUUGGAUAACCUGAAGACUUUGCUGCUACAUCAUGACAGUAGUGUCCGACAAAAAACAACACAAAUCCUCUAUACAAUGGCUAUGCAUAGUGUUGGCAGGCAAGAGUUGAUACAAAAUGGAGUAAUUUCUGCCCUCACUGAGCUCUUGGAUGAUCCAGUAGAUAUCUGUCGGAAGAAUACACAUCAGGUUUUUGAAAUGAUGGCAAAGUUACCUGAAGGCAUCUCAAUGUAUCAUCUUAGGUCCGGAGCCACUGAUGGGAACUGUCACAACUGUAAAAGCCGUUUGGUUCAGGAAAUGAGAGAUUAUACUAUACAAGGAGAAAUCAAGUUGCUUCCUGGAGUGCAAGGGUUAUUCAACCCCUGCUGA